CUUCCAACCGUCGUAGGGGGAUAACGCUCGUCCGUGCGCUGCCCCAACCGCGUGUCCUUUUAACUUAAAUCCUUUAUAAAAACGUGUGCUAUCAAAAAUAUAAUCCUCAGUGCGUGUUUUAUUGUGAACCAACAAUUGUUUUGUGUGCCGAUUGGUGCGAUUCAGAUCGACCCAGUAAUACGAUAUUGCUGUUGGGUAUUUCAGCAAGUACACAGCUAUCUAAGUUUGGAGACGUAGAAAUGUCAGCCGUCAGCAGCGAAGUCAUUCACAUACAGAAAGAGAACCACUAGAUCUGCAAUGACUUCAGAAAAUCCUGUAGACGUAGUUGAGAAUGCAAACGUGAAGAACACAGCGAAAUAUCCCGACGUGAACAUUGCAAAUAAUAAGACAGACAAAGGGGAAGAUACCAAGCAGAGAACACAUACGCUUAUGCAACUAGUGUACGAGAUACCAGAUGAAAUAAAACCAAAUAAAAACGGCAACAUGCUCAAAGAAGCCCCACCGAUUACAAUAGUAGAAAUCACGGAACAGAAUGGUUGUGAAUCAGAGCUAGAUAGUGCAAGACAAUGUGAUAGUGAUUACUUUAAAAGUUCUAGUCCAGAAUUAGGCAAUAAGGUCGUAUACGACGUUUUAGCUACUAAUGAACUAAUAAUGCAAUGCGCUGAUGACUUUAAAGGAGUUAUCGAGAGUGCUUCGCCGGACGAUUGUACCGAUGAAGAUUUAGAAGAAUUGAAGAGAUUGUUAGAGAAUAAGCCUCGAUUGUUGGAGAAAUAUGUGAAAGAAUGUGCUUCAAUAGAUGAGGUUAAUCGGCUGCAUAGUGUAACAUCUGGUGGUCCACUGUCUCCAAGGCCGCGGCAUGAAGCAAGGAGCACAUCGGUGACGUCAGAUCUGUUUCAGUUAUGGCUAUCGUCGUCUCCCGUAAAGAGAUCCCGGUCUCCCAGCAGUUCAGCCCAAAGGCAGCUGGAUGAAGCUGACCUGUUCAUGGACCUCAUCAAGGAUGUAGCCAAUGAAUUGGAUAUUGACGUUCUCUGUCAUAAGAUACUGGUCAACGUGUGCCUAUUAACAUCAGCUGAUAGAGGGAGUCUGUUCCUGGCCAAAGGCACACCCCCAAACAGAUAUUUACAAGCCAAACUGUUCGAUGUCACCCGAGAUACAGAAUUAUACGACGCACUAAGGAUGGCGCGUACGCAGGAAAUAAGGAUACCUUUUGGAGUGGGUGUCGCUGGUUUGGCGGCGCAGACAAAACAUCCCAUCAAUAUCAGGAACGCGUACGCAGAUCCAAGGUUUAACAGCGAAAUUGAUGUCAAGACUGGUUACAAAACAGAGCUAAUACUUUGUAUGCCAAUCUGUAAUUACGAGGGAGACGUUGUAGGUGUUGCACAGAUUAUAAAUAAGACAGAUGGCUCAAAAGAAUUCUCACCUCGUGACGUAGAAGUCUUCCGGCGAUACCUCACAUUCUGCGGCAUUGGAAUCCAAAAUGCGCAGCUCUUUGAAUCGUCUGUUCUCGAAUAUAAGAGGAAUCAGAUCCUGUUGGCGCUAGCUAGGAGUAUAUUUGAAGAACAGAGCAAUCUGGAAUGCCUUGUGACGAAGAUAAUGACUGAAGCACGGGAGCUAUUGAAAUGUGAAAGAUGCGCUGUGUUUAUAUUGGAUACGGAUCAUUGUGAAUCGAGUCAUCUUGAACGUAUUGUCCAAAGGCCAGGGGGCCGCAAAGGCCAGCCAGCACUCCCACCACCAGCUCCAACCAGGUUCCACACGUUAUUUGAACUGGGAGCACAACACUCGAGGACCACACUCACACCAAGACAUGAUGCUACUUCCACUUUAGCAUCUAUUGCGUUAGCAGUAGCCCAAUCCAACAAAGCUCUGAACAUAUCGGAUGUCGACGAGUGGCGCAGCGAGAAUGGCAUGACUAAUACGGAAUGUGAUGACGCAGUUAAUGUCCGUACGAUGCUAUGUAUGCCAAUCGUGAAUGCGAAUAAAGAUGUUAUUGGUGUCGCACAACUGAUUAACAAGGAGAACGGAUCCCAAUUCACAGAUGGCGAUAUUUCGAUAUUCGAAGCGUUCGCCAUCUUCUGCGGUCUUGGAAUCCACAAUACACAAAUGUAUGAGAAUGCUUGUAAACUCAUGGCUAAGCAAAAGGUGGCAUUAGAAUGUCUAUCAUACCACGCCACUGCGUCCUCUGAAGACACAGCCAAGUUAUGUCAGGACAUCAUACCUUCGGCAGAAACUUAUAAUCUUUAUAGCUUCAAAUUUCACGAUUUCGAUCUAGCAGACGAAGACACGUGUCGAGCGACUCUACGCAUGUUCUUACAAUGCAAUCUGGUUGAGAAAUUCCACAUACCGUAUGACGUCCUUUGCCGGUGGAUUCUGAGCGUGAAAAAGAAUUACCGACCCGUUAAAUACCACAAUUGGAGGCAUGCUCUUAACGUAGCCCAAACUAUGUUCGCAAUGCUGAAAACCGGCAAGAUGGAGAGAUUCAUGUCGGACCUAGAAAUCUUAGGUCUUCUAGUCGCGUGUCUAUGCCACGAUCUAGAUCAUAGAGGGACUAAUAACGCAUUCCAGACGAAAACUGAAAGCCCUUUGGCGAUUUUAUACUCGACUUCCACGAUGGAGCACCAUCACUUCGAUCAGUGUGUCAUGAUUUUGAAUAGCGAAAGUAAUAAUAUAUUUCAGGCUCUCUCUCCUGUCGACUAUAAGACAGUGAUGCGAGUUGUGGAAACGGCUAUACUCUCGACAGAUCUAGCGAUGUACUUCAAAAAGAAAUCAAAGUUCCUAGAAUUGGUGGAUAAUGGCGAAUUUGAUUGGCAGAGCCCAGAGAAGAAAGAAUUGCUAUGCGGUAUGAUGAUGACAGCGUGUGACGUGUCAGCAAUCGCGAAGCCCUGGGAAGUGCAGCACAAAGUGGCGAAGCUGGUGGCUGAUGAGUUCUUCGACCAGGGAGACUUAGAGAAGUUGCAGCUUAAUCAACAACCCAUUGCUAUGAUGGAUAGAGAGAAAAAAGACGAGCUCCCCCAGAUGCAGGUGGGUUUCAUCGACAUGAUAUGCCUGCCGCUGUACAAAGUGCUCUCCGAUACGUUCCCCUGGAUACAGCCGCUGUACACCGGCACGAUGGAGAACCGCCAGCGCUGGCAGGACCUCGCGGAGAAGGUGGAGAUGGGCCUCACGUGGAUAGACCACGACACCAUCGACAAACCCAUUGAGGAGUUCACUACUUCGAACGACGUAAUAAAAGACGUAGAAUUCACACUUCAAACACUGAACUGUCAACGACCCGUCUCUGACACUAUGGCACUUGUGAAACCGAUCAAAACUCCCUUCCACUCCCUGAGGAGAGGGAAAACCAGCAGCGUCACAGUUAGAUCUUCGCGGAGUAAGCUAACUAGUUUCUUCCAGGUCUCUCUACGCGGCCCCAAGCAGCCGCGACGAAAGCGCUCCAACAGCGAAGGAGACGGCCGCGAGCCCGCACACGGCGCUGCUGCAGGAGGGACGGACACACAAACAUAAGGGCCGGUUAUGCCAUAUGUUGUGACGAAGUUUAAACUGGGGCAGUCAGAGCAGCACAGACAAAAAGAACAUUAUGAAGCCAUCCCAAUCGAUCGACUAGUUUCCAUCGGAUGUGACGUCAUUCUGGUCUUACUAGCUCAUAAAAGCAAGCUUGACAACCAAUUAUACAAAACUUGUUGGAGUGAUAUGACAUCUAUACCAAAGAAGAUAGAGCUCGUUUUUGUGAGAUUGUAAUAAGCUUUUUCUCAAUGUUCAAUUCUGAUGUUUCUGAUUGACUCGAAUGAAUCAGUGUUUACUAUGUGUUUGCUUAUAAAAUUAAUUCAACAAUGAAAACAUACAGAUAUUAUAACAACGGUGAUACAUAGUUUAUAUCGUAUGUAUAGUAUUAAAACCCCAUAACGUUCCUAAAGAGAAACUUCUUGUAAGAGGUAUGUCUUAUAAAUCUGGCCUAAUAAAUAUAACUUAUGGGAAAUGUAAA